GCCGCAGUUCAAGCCGCCGAGUGUUGAAGCGGAAGUGAAAGACAGAGUCGACAUCGUGGACGUGGAGAUGAUUAGAAUGUCUUUUUUUCUGGGUUUGAUCUGGUUUUAACACCAUGAAGAUUAAUGAGAACACUUUGCUGGAGGGCAACAAAGUCGUGUUGGUCCCUUACAACGCAGAGCACGUGCCCAGGUAUCACGAGUGGAUGAAGUCUCCUGAGCUGCAGCAGCUGACCGCCUCCGAGCCGCUGACCCUGGAACAGGAGUACGACAUGCAGAGGAGCUGGAGGGAAGACGACGACAAGUGCACUUUCAUCAUCUUGGAUAAGCAGCGUUGGGCAGACAGCCGUGUGGACGAGGAGCAGUGCAUGGUGGGAGAUGUCAACAUCUUUCUGACGGACCCCACGGACCCGACCCUGGCCGAGCUGGAGAUCAUGAUAGCAGAGCCCGGUCACCGUGGCAAAGGCAUCGGGAAGGAGGUGACGCGCAUGAUGAUGAGCUACGGAGUCGCCAAGCUCGGGGUCCAGAAAUUUGAGGCGAAAAUUGGGCUGAACAACAAGGUCAGCAUCGCCAUGUUCAAGAAACUCCACUUCCAGGAGGUGUCUGUGUGCCAGGUGUUCAGAGAGGUGACCCUCCGGGCGACGGUGGACGAGUCCGUCCGGGCGACGCUGCUGGAGGACUUUGCCCACGUGGAGGAGCGGGACUACGGACAGACACGCAGCGGCAGGCGGGGACACGUCUCACGGCGAGGAGCACAGAAGACUUCCAGCUGCGGCGCAGAGCCUCCUUCUCUUAGCUGAAAACCAGCGUGUGCUUGUGUGUUUUCUGGUAGUGUUUGAGAUACUCCUGAAUGUGAGACGGUUCUGGGAAAGCGCUUCACAAGACUCGCCCUGGUUCCGCCUCCAGAGCGUCGAUGUGAGGGGGCAGUGAUGCCGGGUGGCCCGGCCCGGCUUCCUGUUCCUCCCCCGCAAAAAGGUUGUUGCGGUCGGUGCUGAUCAGGACCUUGUAAAAGUUGUACUUGGAAUUUUUUCUUUUCCAUUUCAGUAGUAUCACUUAUUUUCCAUACGAGAGCUCGUUGAACGACGUUGACUAAAACGUGUAAGUGCUAAAUAAAUAAUGGAGGUAUCGGAA